GCGAGAAUUAAGUAUCGUGAGCACGCUAUCAAAGCCUUUAGAAAACAUCUCAAGAAUGGUACCUUUCCAAAACGUAUGAAAUCUAUUAAACCUUACCCCAAGAUGCAAUCCUCUGAGGCUCAAGCUGCUGUCAACGCUGCGUGUGAUCAGGUCCAGUGCGUUAUUUUGGAUCAGAUGCUUCAAGAAGAACAGAAAAAACUCUCCCAAGAUCAAGAUAGCUAUCAAACACUCAAGGAGCAACGUGAAGCGUACCGUCAAAAGUUCAAGCUCCCUAAAACCCUUAAGAAACCUAUGAAACCUACCAUCCGUCAAUUACACCAAGAACUCGCUGAAUUGCAGUCAAACUAUCCAAAACUUUGUAAACAGUUAGAAAACAGUUCAUAA